AUGCAAUAUCACAUUGAGAUUUCUUUUGACUGUCAAAGACAAGACGACUCGUUGCCCAAUUUCCUCGUCUCCCCUCACUUGCAGCGGGUUUUCCCCGCGCGUGGGGUUCCUGGUCGGACGAGUCGCGUGCUGUCAGGCUGCUACGCUGGUCUGGAGCGGUUUGUAAAGAACCUGGGCUCCUUGCGACGUCCUUCCCAGCAGGUUAGUGACACUCGACGGUGCACGACGCCGGUAGCUGUGGGGCGCGUCUGGCACGUCGGGGGCGCCCCUGCCGGUGGAGUUCCCCCGGGGCUGGCCGGCUUUGCGAACGCGGGGCCCGGGGCCGUGACGUCACUCCGGGGACUGGCCGUUGCAGCGAGACGGCCGCGUUUCUGUUCUGGUCGGUUGACAGGGAGAUGUGGGUGCACAGGGAGGACCAGCCCCGGUCCGAGGCCGAGUGGCCGUCGCAGUCGCCCCGUCCGCUCGCGGACUCACAGGCCCGGCGGGCGGGCGAGCCUGUGGCGGGCGGGCGCUGUGGCCGCGGGCGCCAGGAGGCAGACGCAGGUGCUGCAAGUGUUCGAGCAGUACCAGAAAGCCCGGACCCAGUUCCUGCAGAUGGUGGCGGAGCUGGCGACCAGACCCCAAAAUAUCGAGCCCCUGCAGAACGCCGGAGUCAUGUCAUUAGCUGCUCCCUGGAGACCUUGUGUAUCUGAUAUUAUAGCAACUGUUCAGACUAUUGCCACUUUGGCACUUGGGAGAUUGGCUAAUUAUAAUGGUGAGCUACCAGGCACAGUUGUGAAAAGCGACAUUCUUUUACAGCUUGUUUAUUCAAUGGCAGAAUAGGAUUAUUUCUACAAGAAAGCAGCUGCCUUUGUGUUAUAAGUAAUUAGUAAACACUCUCCUCAAUUAGCUAAGGCAAUAGUUGAUUGUGGAGCACUGGAUAUGCUAGUGAUAUGCUUGGAAGAUUUUGACCCUAGAGUCAAAGAGGCUGCAGCCUGGGCACUUGGGAAUAUUACAGGACAUAAUGCAGAACUAUCACAAGCUGUGGUGGAUGCGGGAGCAGUUCCUCUUUUAGUACUCUGUAUCCAGGAGCCAGAAAUUGCUUUGAAAAGGUUGGCUGCUUCAGUCCUCACUGAUAUUUCAAAGCAUUCUCCAGAGUUAGCACAGACAGUAGUGGAUGCAGGAGCUAUUGCUCACUUAGCCCAGAUGAUUCUGAACCAUCAUCCGUUCUUUUCAGCUCUCAGUAAGAUUGCAAAACAUUCUGUGGAUCUGGCAGAAAUGGUGGUUGAGGCAGAGAUUUUUCCAGUUUUACUUACCUGCCUGAAGGAGAGAGAUGAAUGCAUGAAGAAAAAUGCUUCCACUUUAAUUAGAGAUUGCAGACUAUACACCCGAGAGAUGAAGCAAUUGAUAGUUAACACAGGAGGAGUUGCUGCAGUGAUUGAUUGCACUGGAUCUUGCAAAGGAAACAUAAGACUGCCUGGCAUCAUGAUGCUUGGUUAUGUGGUGUCUCAUUCUGAGAAUCUGGCAAUGGCAGUGAUCAUUUCCAAGUUUGGUGUGCCCCAGUUGUCAGUCUGCCUGUCAGAAGAACCAGAAGAUCAUAUUAAGGCUAUUACUGCUUGGACCUUGGGACAGAUAGGGAGACUCACCCCAGAGCAUGCACAGGUUGUCGCAGUCACAAACCCUUUGCCAGUUCUGCUUUCUUUGUACGUGUCAACAGAAAGCUCUGAGGGUCUUCAAGAGAAAAAUAAAAAAGCCAUACAGAAUAUCUUACAAAAAUGCACCUUGCCAGCCAUUGAGCCAUUUCAAUAUGAUGUUCCUCUCAAUAUUCUGAAGCAUGUUGUUGGACAGUUCAGUAAGUGUUCUCAGGGAGUAAAUAGUAUGUCAACACAUAAAAACCUCAUAAUGUGUAGAGAUAAUUUAUAUUGCUGCUGCCACUACUUUUUUGUAACAAGUAGUGAACUUAAAAAGGUUCAAGAGAUAAAAGCAGAACCUGGGUCUCUUUUUCAAGAAUAUAUGAACAGUAUUAACAACUGCUACCCAGAGGAAACAGUAAGGUAUUAUUCUCCUGGAUAUUUAGAUACGCUUUUCAGAGUAGACAGCUAUCAACCACUUUCUAACUAA